GGUAGCUUAGCAUCACAUGCCCGCUCACACGGAAAACAAGAUCUUUCAGAUUUACUGUCUGAUUCCCUUGCAAUUGCAGAAUCCACACAGUCAAGCAAAUUUUAAUGACAGAAGGGAAACGCCAUGAAUCGGUUCUUGAUUAUCGUGCUUUUGGUCUCAUCAAUCCACGAUUUUAUCGCGGCGGAGUGUCACUGUAACACCACUAGUGCCUGCACCGUGUUCCCCUCUACCCCUUGUAGCCAGGUGGGCAGUGCAGACAGAUGUCAGGAGGGGUGGUUUGGUCCGUACUGUCAGAAACAAAAUGUUGCCAGAGGAAGGCCUGCCAACCAAACAAGUACCUACAGUGAAAACAAAUGGUGGCUAGCUCCCAGAUAUUAUUUCAACGCAGAACACGCUGUAGAUGGCGGGGUUAAUACAAGUUUCAACAGCAAGCCAUAUACAUGUUCUCACACAACGCAACAAAUGCUCCCUAUGUGGACCGUGUACCUGAACACGUCCAGUACGGACAGGAUUCACCACAUUAAACUUUAUCUGCGUCGUGACUUUAGAGCUCGAGACGAAGGCAUGCAGAUACUUGUGGGUGAACAAAUGUGCUACAACUGGUCACAGAAUGUCACUCCUCCGUCAGUCGUUGACGUUACCUGUCGACAACCUCUCGCGGGAAACAAGGUCACCAUACAAAUACCAAGAACAACCUUCAUGACUCUGUGUGAGGUGUUGAUAUUUGUUUGUAGUGACGGCUGGUUUGGAGAUGACUGUGAACAAGAGUGUAAUUGUCUUAAUAGCACAGAAAUAUGUGACAAGAUUACUGGCGCGUGUUCAAGUGGUUGUCGCCCAGGGUUUACUGGUACAGAUUGCCAAACACACUGCAGUGACGGCUGGUUUGGUGACGGCUGUAGAGAACGAUGCAAUUGUCUCAAUAGCACAGAAACAUGUGACAAGAUUACUGGCGCGUGUUCAAGUGGUUGUCGCCCAGGGUUUACUGGUACAGAUUGCCAAACACUCUGCAGUGACGGCUGGUUUGGUGACGGCUGUAGAGAACGAUGCAAUUGUCUCAAUAGCACAGAAACAUGUGACAAGAUUACUGGCGCGUGUUCAAGUGGUUGUCGCCCAGGGUUUACUGGUACAGAUUGCCAAACACUCUGCAGUGACGGCUGGUUUGGUGACGGCUGUGGAGAACGAUGCAAUUGUCUUAAUAGCACAGAAUCAUGUGACAAGAUUACUGGCGCGUGUUCAAGUGGUUGUCGCCCAGGGUUUACUGGUACAGAUUGCCAAACAUCAUGUAAUGUCGGAAUGUAUGGCGUAAACUGUACGUCAGAAUGCCGGCAUUGUCUGAACUCUAAAUGUGACAACAGGGACGGAACCUGCAUUGACGGCUGUAUUGGAAAUUUUUCAAUGCCAUUUUGUCAGGACUGCCUCUCAACUCACUACGGAGAAGCAUGUAAUGAAACAUGUGGCAAGUGUCAGGGUAAUACUCCAUGUGAGAGAUUGUCUGGAGAGUGUUCUGAGGGUUGUUUAUCGGGCUAUGACCAAACAGAUCUUCUCUGUCGGACGGACGCUCAAUCACAGUCUCCUGUUGCUGUGAUCCCGAUGGUUGGAGGAGGAAUAGCAGUAAUGUUGGUCAUCGCUGCUUUUGUAGCAGCAGUCGUCAUCUACAGAAGAAGACGGAGAAUAACUGAAGACACAGGAGAACCAGAAAUACAUAAUAGCGAGCGUCUGCACUCUCAAUAUGACGUGAUUACAAUGGUGGAAAGUUCAACUUCUGGCGAACAAUCGCAUGAACAUGUAUAUGAGCAACUCCUGGAUGAUGGGCAUGCUGGGGCAUUGUAUGAACCUCCGCUGGAUCAUGGAUCUGGUAAGGUAUUACCAAGACCUCUACUUGGUGAUGACCCUUCUUGGGCAAACUCAGGACCUCUACUAGAUGCUGAUGACGAGGACGCCAUGUUUUCUGUGGAAACUGAUGUAGACGUAGAUACCGAGGCAGCUGCUACUUACUACAACUGGAUACCUCCUCAUAUGAUGCUGGAUAAACUGCCCCAGUGCAUCAUGGAUAAAAAGAAGAAAUCAUUUGAAGUAGAAUUCCAGGCCAUUCCUUAUGGGGCAAGGCGAUCCCAUGUGGUUGGAAAGAGACCAGAAAACAAGAAGAAGAACCGCUUUGUCGCCCUGUAUUCUUAUGAUCACUCGAGAGUGGUGCUGACGGAAGGGGCUGACGACUAUAUCAACGCUAACUACAUCAAAGGACACGAUGACAAUCCAAAGUACAUAGCAGCACAAGGCCCAACACCUGUUACGAUCACUGACUUCUGGCAGAUGAUAUGGCAAGAGAAUGUCACGGAAAUCGUCAUGUUGACAAACCUGAUGAUGAAGAACAAAAAAAGGUGUGAACAAUACUGGCCUGCUGAAUACGAGAGUGACUGCUAUGGAGACUUCAGCAUAACCAACAAGAAGGCAGUCGCGAGAGCUGACUACACCACAUCAACCUUUCUGGUUCGAAAAUCUACUGAAGAGAGAGUAGUGAGACAUUUUCACUUCACCUCUUGGCCAGACCAUGGUGUCCCCUCCGCCCCAGCCCUCGUCAGCUUCUGGAGAAUGGUCAAACAGGAAGGCGCGAAAGGCAGACCCAUGGUCAUUCAUUGCAGCGCAGGUGUUGGCCGGACAGGGACAUUCAUUGCUCUUGAUCAUCUGAUGGAGGAGGCUGAGAAUGAAAACAAAGUCAACGUGUUUAUGUGUGUUGGCAAGAUGAGAGAAGACCGGAUGAACAUGGUCCAAACAGUGAGCCAGUAUGAGUUCGUGCACGAUGUUGUGUUGGAAGCAAUUCGUAGUCGGGGAACGUUCUUCACGUCACCGGAGUUCGAAAAGGAAUUUGGUCAAGGGGAGACCUUUACUGAACCACAGGAAACCAAACUGAGAAAACAGUUUCAGUUACUGCAAGAAAGUACAUCCAGGCUGUCAGAGGAGACAGUGUCGACAGCUCUUCUACCUCAGAAUGCUGCUAAAAACAGGAGCCGAACUAUUCUUCCAGGAAACAAGACGAGGCCUCAUCUGACCACACGGGUUCACCAGCGCAAUAACUACAUUAAUGCUGUAGUUUUGUCUUCUAUACUCCGGCCCAGCAGCCUGAUAGUCACCCAGACGCCCCUGCCAGACACCGUGGUGGACUUCUGGAGACUGGUGUACGACCAUGACUGCUGCACAGUUAUCUGCCUGGAUGACUCUAAGGAGGUAGAGAACGUGUACCCUAAAGAAAACCAAAACUUCAAGAAAGGACCGUUCACUAUUGUACUUGAGAAGGAGAAUUCAAACAGGGAGGAUUACAGAGAGAGAAGCCUGACCGUUCUGCAUGACAAGGAGGGUUGUGAGCGAUCCGUCGUCGUGUUCAGUCUCAAGUCUCUGGACAUGAUGUCCCACCCUGCCACACUACUGGAGCUGGUCAACAGCGUGCACAUGGUCAUCACUUCCGCCGAUCACAAAGUCCUUGUCCACUGCCAUGACGGCGCCAGUGUGAGCGGCGUGUUCUGCAGUGUCCUCAACAUCAUCAGCAGACUGAGGCUGGACAGAGACGGGGACAUCUUCCUCUCCAUCAGGGAACUGCAAUGUGUCAGACCUCAGUUCAUACAGUCCUUUGAGGAUUACCAACUGUGUUACAGCAUCGUGAAGGAAUACAACCGCGACGCCAGCUUCUACGCCAACGUGUGACGAGUACGACAACGUACGACGAGUACGACAACGUACUAGUAUGUGCCAUGACAUUUUCCGACCGCUUGAACAUGACGAUCGCCCUCCUACAAGAUUGCAUGCCGAUCUUAUCCACAGUACGAAGUGUUAAAAACUAUGUCUGUUUUAUGGUUGAUCAAACUUAAGGAAAGUUUUAUUUCUCUACAAUCGUGUGAAAAACAAUGCAACGACUGUUUGAAGAGGUGAACUACAUUUGUUGUAUAUUUGAUUACAUUUAAUGUGUUUUUUUUUAUUCCUCUGUAAACAAAGUAAUAAUAUCGUGUAAACAUCACGAUAAAUGUUAUUACAAGAGCAAGCCUAAUGUCAGCCUCGUUGGUCAAAAUUCAUUUAAUGUCCCUGUGAAUAUAUUUUUAAUGGACAUGUGUCGCGUAUUGUUUUGUAGGUAGCACGUACUUCACCCCACCCAACAUGUAUACCAUGCAAAACAUUGAUGUUACAUAUAAGUUUUUUAGUCCAGACAAGAUUUUCCACGUCAUUGUAUAUAGUACUGUAUAUCAUAGUGAAGACAAGGAUUUUUUACUCUACUCCUCCACCACUGUCAUCAAAGGUUAAAUAUACCCUCCACUACUCUCUAUGAUUCACUUGUUUCUCCAUGAAAUCACAGAGCACAUAAUAUGUAUCGAUGUUUACAUGCAAUUAAAAUGUAUAUAUAAGGCGUCUUACUUUGUUGGGAA